GCAGGCAGCCAGUAUCAAAACUGAGCAGCACUGAUGCAGCUAGGUGCUUCGCAAAGACCAUAAACAUUCGUGAGUGAUCGCGCGCACGACCGCUGGACACUGAUAGGCAGACCAGAACACUACAAUAUGAAGAGAAGCAUGUAAUUUGGACAUAUUUUUUUCAUCGGCGCUAAAUAAAUGUAGAUUAAAUGUGAAAUAGCAGAAGUGCAGGCAGUCGCCUCUGGCACAUCGAAGGAAGUUUUGACUAGUUUGCCAACUGUGUGCAAGGUUUCUUUACCUGUCAGGCAGUCACACCUUUCGCGGAGGCUGGAAAGGAACGUUUCCGUUUUAUUAUGCUGAAAAGUUUGGGCUUUCUCGCCUCUAGGAUAAGUGCUCAACCACAGUAAUGGUGUUGAGAGAAAUGGCAUUGGUUAAUCCAGAAAGCCAGCAAUUGUACAUUACCUCAAUCUUCUUCAAAUAGACCCAGCAGGACCAUAUGAAAACAUGAGGAAACUGCAGACUGUGUUGCUGCUAUUUUGUCUGCACAAGGUCACGAGCCGCAGAGUGCACAUUCCAGAAGCGGAACUGCUGGAGUGGGGGCAGAGUGAUAAUGAAGAGAAUGGCGUCUCUCCCCAAGGAGCCAGUCCCCGGAUUUUUAACCCCCUGCGUCUGUUCGCCGCGGGAUCUCCCGGGCUCAAAAACAACAUGAGGGAAAACAUGGAGGACUUCUGGGACUGGUUAUCUAACCACACAGAUGUUCAGGAGGCACAAACAAGAACUAAACGCAGGCCCAUCGUCAAGACGGGGAAAUUCAAAAAGAUGUUUGGCUGGGGGGAUUUUCACUCCAACAUAAAGACCGUGAAGCUCAACCUGCUUAUCACCGGCAAGAUAGUGGACCACGGCAACGGCACGUUCAGCGUCUACUUUCGCCACAACUCCACGGGCCUGGGCAACGUGUCUGUCAGCCUGGUGCCGCCGUCCAAGGUGGUGGAGUUCGAGUUCAGCCCCCAGUCCACCCUGGCCGUCACCAAGGACACCAAGUCCUUCAACUGUCGCAUCGAGUAUGAGAAAACGGACCGCAACAAGAAGACGGCCUUGUGUAGCCUGGACCCGGCCAAGGUGUGCUACCAAGAGCAGACCCAGAGUCACGUGUCCUGGCUCUGCUCCAAGCCCUUCAAGGUCAUAUGCAUCUACAUCGCCUUCUACAGCGUGGACUACAAACUGGUCCAAAAGGUGUGCCCUGACUACAAUUACCACAGUGACACACCCUACUCCUCCACUGGGUAACACUGGAUAACGCGCUAGGACGGCUGCUGCCUAAUAGUAGUAGCUGAGAGAGGGAGAGAGAUGGAGAGAGAGAGAGAGAGAGAGAGAGAGAGAGAGAGAGAGAGAGAGAGAGAGUGUGGGUGAACUACCACGACCCUGGCACAUCAUCAGCACCAUGUGUUCUAUUCGAGGGCAAUUAAAAUUGACCAGAUGUUUUUUUUUUCCUCUCUUUUUUUAUUACUAGGCUAGACCACAGGCAUGUGUUCACAGAUUAAAAUAGGCUUUUCUGCCAGUAGACCUUCAAAACAGGAUUGACACACCAAGUAGGCCUACAGUAUUAUGCUCAUUUGAAAGUGCAAUGCAGCCCAUGUAGGGGUAGUGUGGAGUAAAUAGUGACGUUAAAAAUGUUGGUCUGGUAGCGUGGAUUUUAUUUUCUAAAACAAAAAAAAGAAUGGCUUUUCCAUGAUAUUUUUUUGAAAAAUGACCAUCACCAUUAUGAAUGAAUUAUAGUUUGGGGCGCUAAACAUCAGAAUUGCCAUUGUCAUUUAUUUAUAGUUAUAUAGGGAAUAGAAAAUUAGACUGAUGGUUUCAGGCUGUACAAUUCUAAAUUGUUUUAAUUUUGAUUACAUUUUUCAAAAUUCAUUUUAGCUGUUACAGUACAUACAGUAGCUCAGUAAAGCAUUUGGGAAGCAAGUGAGGCGUCAUCGGUGUGCGUUUGACCUUGGAGUUUACCCUGCCUGGGCAGUGUAGCUUCUCCUGUUUUUCUCUGCACCUCGUGCAGCAGGCCACUGGGACUUUGCACAAAGGACCCCAACACAAGCCAGGAGUUUCAGGUGUCUCGCAAGGCCACCAUUCACAGGACAGGUGGAUUUAGUGAAUCUGGCAGCCAAUUAACAAUGCUUUGUCAUGGCCCCGACACACAGCCUGACAUUUCCAGGCUUUAAUUAACAUUAAUUACACUGGGAAAUUUCACUUACACACCAUGACUGUGGCAGCCCGGGCCAAAAAAAUAAAAAAUAAAAUGCCAUUUUGUGUGUCAUUCAUGUAGUUAAGUCUGCAUAAUGUGAGCUUAAAUCGGGCGCUAUGCUGACAGAGUAGGACCAGUUAAAUACGCAGAAGUAGUGGCAUAGGCUGAGAGACAGCUGGAUAAAAAAACGUUCUUGCUAAUGGGCAUUUUCCAUUCUAGCUUUUCUGUGCAUCUUUAAGGAGACAGCAGUGGAGGAGUUGGGGGAAGAAAACAAAACAAAUGGUUUGUGUUUGUGGUGUAGGAAGUCAGUCACUCCAAACUGCCCACACAGUGAUAUAAUCAACCAGAGCUUGGAAUUCUCAGGUUCAGUGCCAAACAUAGACUGUAUACAACAUUGUGUGCAACAUUGUAUGCAGCCUAUGAUGCCAAAUACGGAAGAAAAGAUUCCACUUUUUCAGUUCAAGGUGACUCACCUGUUUACUACAGCAGUAGGCAUAAUAGACCAAGUAGUGUGAAACCAAAGGCGAGUCAAUCAUGUUGGUCCUGGAAAAUCAAAUUAGUUGGCAGAUGAGCUUCGCUUUAUCCCUGGUCUUUAUAUCUUUAAAAAAAAGACACUCAAACAGCAGUUGAAAAUGGGUUCUCAUUGCCUAUUACAAUGUUUAGUCCUUUACCUCCUUUGUGAAAUUCAGUGUGUGGUGUGUGCAUUGAAAUAACAGAACUGUGUUUACACUUGCCAAUUAAGUUAUUGUUUUUUUAACAGAUAUAUAAAUAAAUGAUGAAUAUAUAAACUGAUAGGUAGACUACAUUUGGUGUUAAAUAGUGGUAUCACAUAGAUGUCAACUCAUGAAGCUUAACUGAGAAUUACAAUUGAAUAUGAUUAUUUUUAUAUGUUGUCAAUAGUAGGCCUUCAUUUUUUUCCUGUUAUUCUAUUGUGGAUCUCAUCUCUGGAGAAAAAAAAAAUCCUAACCUCCUGUGUCUGACCAGUAUGCAUUUUAUCUUUUAGGCCUGUACUGUUACUUUGAAUACCGUUUUUAAAAACAUUGUAUCUGACACUGGGAAAAAGAAACAUCUUGUGAAAUGUGUUUCACAUCCUUGUUUUCUUUCUUGCUCCGUUAACUUGUCUUUCAUUCCUCAGUCUGACAGAUUAAGUCAGUGUCUAGUGAUCUGAGCUUCAUAACAAAAAUGAAAUGCUUAGUUGCCUUUGAGAGUGACAUGUCUUCAACCACUUGCUACAGGCUACAGCCCUGCACAUCAGCAGACAGGCAGGCAACUUUUUUUGUUUUUGUUUCAUCUUAUCAAACCCCUUACAAAAACAAAUAAAAUCGAUAUUUCACAGUGGUCAAACUUUAUUUAUCUUUAUGGAUGGACCUAUAGCACAUUCUAUUCACAAUCCUCCAUGAAAGGCGCUCGAGUGCAGUAGAUAGGCCUAACGUUGAAUUUCUCAUAGGUGAACUGAAUCCGAUUGGCCUAUUUCAGUAUCAGUUCUUCCUCACAGGCACCAGUCAAUAAUGGUGAUGUAGUGUUAACUCUCCAGUGUAACUUAAAAUACUGGCUACAUGUUAUGCAGGUUACUGUUUGAGUCUGUCAAGCCAUGGCCGUUCUGCUUGAACAUGUAUUGUAUUUGGAUUAAUUAGUUAACAGUGAUGGGCUUGGUCUCCCCGUUUCAAGAGCGCAACCAUAACCCCGAACCACAGUUUCAUGUGUAGCAUUUCGCACUGAUUUUAUGAAAUACACUUUAAAAAAAUAGGAAAUGUGUUGAUAUGACUGGUGU